CUCCUGAGCUCAAUAAGACCACCACGUCCGACCCAGCAAACUUCCGAUGAACUCUUCUUUCACAAGUCUCUGCCCGUGAAACCCUAAAGGUUGAUAUCAACUACCUGAAAAGCUGCCAUUCAGUCGUGACUCUGACGCCUUGACCUAAACAGCAUGGCUGAGCCCACGGUACUUAUCGUAGGUGGUGGGACAUUCGGCACUUCAACGGCCUACCACCUCUCUCGAACCUACCGAGACACCAGUCGCGUAAUUGUAGUCGACCGGUGGGCACCGUCCGACCCUGGAGAAAACAAAGCCGCCGCCAUAGACGUCAAUCGAAUCAUUCAAACAAACUACGUGAGACCGCUUUACUGCAACCUCGCCAGCGAAGCCAUUCAUCCGUGGUUUUGGGAUAUCAAUCUUGGUCACUUCUUUCACAAGACCGGGUGCGUGACAAUCGACGAAGAAAACAACCAGUUCUCCGACGCCGUGCGAAAGACACUCAAGCAGAGAGGCUCUGACUAUACCACUGAUGCCGAUGUUGAAGAUUUCAAAAAGCAAUGGAAGCCCUUUGAGGGCUUAGAAACAAGUGGGCUAGGGAAAGCAUUCUUCAAUCCAGAGGCUGGGUGGUGCGAUGCAGCACUGGCGACCCAAAAUUUGAUGGCCGCAGCGAAACGAAAUGGGGUUGAGACAAUUGCUGGAGAAGUGGUAGAGCUGAUGUUCGAUCCGUCUGUCGGACGAGUGCUUGGUGUAAGAAUGACAGACGGCCGGAAAUUGACGGCAGACCGAAUCGUCUUGUCAGCAGGUGCCUGGACGAGUCAUCUGCUUGCGCCGAUAGAAGCUUUGCUUCGUCUCGCACCUCAGGACCGAAUUGAACGGCAGAUCACAGCAGUUGGCAGGGUUUCAGCUUACUACAAGCUCUCGCCCGAAGAAACAGAGAACAUGUACGAAGCUGGCAUGCCGAUCGUCAUUUAUAAAUCUUGUGGGAUCCUGACGCCGCCGUCACGAGAGAAUCGGAUCAUGAAGAUUAAUGACCUUCGAACCGAGUUCGUUAAUCGAGUUGCCCUAUCUGAAGGGCAUGUGGUAUCUGUUCCGUCUGGAAGGGGACAAGAAGAUGUGCCGCAGAAGUUGAAAAACGAAAGUCAGAAACUCUUGAACACCAUGAUGCCUGAGUUUGCGCAGAAGAAGAUGCCAGACCGAUGGCGAAUAUGCUGGGAUGCAAAGACGCCAACAGAAGACUGGCUCCUUUGCCGCCAUCCGCGUCCAGAAUUGGAAAACCUCUUCCUAGCCGUCGGAGGAAACUUUGAUACUUACAAAUUCCUCCCAAUUGCUGGAAAAUACAUGUGUAACAUCCUACAAGGGAAGAGUAACGGCCGGGAAAAGGAUAUCGCAUGGGGCUGGAAGGAUGAAGCCACCCUAAUGAAUGCCAAGAAGAGAGAGUUGGGCCCCAAGUCAAGAACUUCGUCAUUGCCUGAGUUCCGAUCAUUCGAAGAGACCAACCGGUCAUAUAAGCUCUAGUCAGAUCAGGAUGUCUCAAGUUCGUCGUAAGCCAACAUGAAGUAAACAAAAAAAGCCAUAUCGUCCUUAAAAACUGGAAAUUGGAAUGGACAUGAAAUGCGGUUGCAAAACUAACAGAUUGUAUUGAUAAACAAACCUAGCUAGUACCUAACCUUAUGUUGAACUAAUCUGGAUUUUGCAAAAGGGUAGCAUUAUUAGCCCCGAAUGGAU